AUGGAUAUUUUCAUUAGCUGAGUAGUUGGCACCAAGAACGAAGGCUGGCGUGGUAUAUCGGCUAGUGGAGCAGGCGGGACCGCAAGUAGACUGAUGUCCACAGUUCACUUAUGCCCUUGGUCGGAUCAGUAUUCAUGUCGCACACACGCCCAACUGCGGGCGCGCCCCUUGCAGCUGCAAGAGCUCAAAGAUAUUGAGGUCGUUCUGCAAACAUUGGCGGUGUCAGAUCCUCAACUCAUUCAGCUUAUGGAUAACAAUUUUUAG